AUGUCUAGGAUCCUCUCGAGGUUAACUCCUUCAUCCGCCAAACAAAAAGGGUCUAGGCUCGACAGCAAGUUCAAUAAAUUGACAAACUCUUCUCAGUCUUCAUCGCCUUCCUUAUCAGAUCUUCAUGAGAUUGCCAUCUUCUCGUUUAACUCUUCAAAAUUACAAAUAAUGAACAACAACCUAAUCAAGAACUUUCAAAUAAUCAGGCCAACCUCCUCGAAGUCGUUGUAUAACUACUUGUUGAAAAUCCAAAAAACCUUGGUGAUCUUUCAGUACCUUAUCCAGGUAGGUUCAGAAGAUUUCAUCAAUUGUUGGAAAUACGUGGAGCUGUCUGGAAAAUUCGAGAGUAAUAAUUACGAUAUUCUUCCAUCACUUCUUGAGAACUUGGAAUCGAUAGAAAAUUCAAAUCUAUGCCAAGAACCAACGUACAUUUAUUCUACCUCAUCGUCCAAUUCCAUGAAGAACAAUAUCCGAUCAACGUUAAGUUCUGUGAUUAAUAAAUUAUCAAAAUUGAAGAACUAUCUCAGUGAUCCAGAAGAUUUACAGCAAUUUCGUUUAUCUUUCCAAAAGCUACGAUUCGAUAUGUCGAGACCAACCCCAAGAUCAUCGAUGGAUAGCCAUCCAAGAUUGAAUCCAUCCAGCAGUGUUGAUGGGGGUAGAAAUAGCAUAAGUGGCAAUUUGAGGAGCAACUAUAGAACCGCUUCUUAUGGAGAAAAUACAAAUUUAAUUGACUUAUCGAGCAACUCCGAUGAUUUUAAUAAAAUUGAUUUCCAAAUAAUGGAGCCCAACGUUGAUAUUGCUGGUAAUUUGCAAAAUAUGGCUAAACGCAGAGUAUCUGGCAAUCAUCAUCCUGCUCCCAUCACCCCUAGAAACACUUCUCAAAGAAGCUUUUCUGCCUCAAAAUCUUUGGACUUGAACAGGUUGAUAAAUUCUCCUUCAGGGUCGGCCAGUGGCAAUAAUGGUAAUUACAAGGAACUACAGAAAAAUGAUUUCAAGAAUUUUAGCAAUAAGCUACUAAAGUUUCGUGGCAACAGUAACAAUGACAACAAUUCGAAAGUCUCGUCGCCAUUGUCGAGGACCUCGUAUUCUGCUUCAGACAAUAAUGAAAAUGGAAAAGUGUUAACCCCUUUAAUUGAAGUCAAUGAGGCCUUAGUUUGA